AUGGACGUUACCACUGCAGCCAAUCUCAAUCCAGCCGACGAAGACAAUAUUGCGUUGAGUCGUGAUCGUAGUGGCUUUGGUGCUGCCAUUGAAGGUAUUCAAAAGACCAUCGAAUCUGCAGCAAGUAUCAUUGGUGAAGAAAUUAGUGGUGGUGGAGUGGAUGAUGAAACGAGUGAUGAUCUUAUUGAGUCUCAACAACAAGAAUCAUCCCUCGAAGAUGUUCAGCAUCUCUUGAAACCUUUCAAACCCAUUCAUGCAUUGAGAUUCUUUGGUACCAUCUUCCUCACCUACUAUUUAUGGAUGUGUACAAUGUUCCAUCAUGGUCAAUUCAUUUAUCCUUCAUCCUUCUCACAUUCUUAUUCGUUCUUGAAAGAUCAACUCUUGAAACCAAUCUUCAUGUAUGCACUUCCAAGUGAUUAUACAUGUAUUUGGAUGUAUUCAUUAUUUGUACUAUGGAGUGGUUUACAAUCCAUUCUUGCCAUGUCCUCUCCAUCGUAUCACAUGUAUUAUUCAUUCAUUAUGAAUAUCUUUUUAGUAUUUAUAUUGAAUGUCACCAAUUUAUUACCAGUUGUGGAAUGGUAUGAACAUUUCAUUGCACUCUUUACUUGUUCAUUGGUAGGAGGAUUGAUUUUAGCAAGUUUGUCCAAAACUAGUUUUACUUAUCAAAGUAAGAAGAGAAUGAAGCAAAUUCCAAUCCAUAGUGGUAUUGGUAGUGGUGGUAUUGGUAGUGGUGGUAUUGGUAGUGAUAGUGGUGGUAUUGGUAGUGGUAUUGGUAGUGGUAGUAUUGGUAGUGGUGGUAGUAUUGGUGGUGGUAGUACCACAGGUGCUGAGGAUGUGAGUGCGACUGAGGAUUUGAUGAUGAAUAUAGGUCCAAGUUCGACGAGCUCGACUCGUACUCAACCCACUACUACUGCUGAAACAAUGACACCAAUCACCUCUUCCUCAACCACCACCACCACCACUCGAAUUUCACUUCCAUCCAUUGAUAUGGGUUACAAUUUAUGGUUCAUUCUCUCGUUGAGUGUGGUUGCUAAACAAUUUGAAUUGUAUGAAUACAUUUCAUAUCCUGUAGCAUGUCAAAUGAUUGCAACAUUCCUCAUUUGUAAUUACAUGAUUCAACUCUAUAUGAAUAGUAGUGUCAUGGGUUCCUAUGAUGGUGAAAAUGAUCUCAUGGAUGUCUUGGAUAAGAGUGUUGUAUUACCAUUCUUUAAUACCAUACCAUUGAUUCAUCAAAUUCAUCAAGUUUCAUUAUUGAAUAAUACUACUACUACUGGUACUACUACUGGUACUACUACUGGUACAAUUACUACUACUAUGUAUGAUUCCAUUCCCAUUCUACCCAUUGUACUCUUUUUAAUAGGUUACUAUAUUUGGAGCAUUUCCAAUACUCAAUACAUGUAUUUCAAGCAAGAGUAUUACUUUCAUGGAUCUACAACAAAUGAUAUGAAAUCUACGACAGUACUACUACCACAUCGUACCAUUUCAUCCUUUCCUUACUUUUUAUUGAGUAAGACUCUCACACCUCGAGUGGUGAGUUCUCGAGAUGGAUCCUAUAUUCUUGCUGAUAGUGGAUGGUUAUUGUGUCGAAAUAUUGAUUUGAGUGGAGAAUUAUUAAUGGUAUGGUCACUCUUUUUAUUGAAUAUUCAUGGUAGUGGUGGUCUUUAUGGUAUAUUUAAUACGAGUCGUGCGAGUAGUGUUGGUGGUGGUCUUUCGACUGGAAUGAUGAACAUGUACCAUACUAGUAGUAGUAGUAGUACUUUUCAUUAUUUCAUUCCACUCUUAUAUGCCAUGUUGAAUACAUUGGAUAUCAUUACGACAGAGAGAAAUAGGCACUUGUAUUAUUCGAGACAAUAUGCACAGGAUUGGACUCGUUAUUGUAAUAUGGUUCCUUACAGUUUGAUACCUUUUGUUUAUUGA